CAUUAAAAAUAAAUCUCUCCUAUUGCUUCACCACUUUCUCUUCGGUACGUCGUCACCGUUAAACGCCGUUUAAAACAAUAUAUUUGGCAUCGCAUCGCCUCCAUAGGGCAACUCUUAACCUGCAAACCCACGACGAAUAUGCGUUAAUGGCGGAAACUAAGUGGAAGAAGACUAAGAAGAAGAAGGAUUCAGUGAAAGUAAAUCGAUGUCGUACCGCAAGUGAAUGGCAAGGAUUUCCACUCGACUACUCUUUCGUUUCACACACUUCCCCCUCCCUCUGCCAUUCAAAUCCGUUGAUCGAUCUUCCUCUCCAUUCUCCUCUUUUCCAGAACCAGUUCAUUCACCCGAUACUACAAAUCCUCCUAGACAUAACCAAAGCCACUCGCUUCUUCAAUCAUGUCAGAGCGUAAGAGAAUUAUUUCAAUUCCAUGGCCAUUUGAUUACCUCUGGUCUUUUUAACGACCAUUUUUGGGCCAACAGAGUUUUAUUGCAGGCCUCGGAGUUCGGUGACAUCGUUUAUACUGUUUUGAUCUUCAGACAUAUCAAAGUUCCAAAUACCUUCUGUGUUAAUAGAGUAAUCAAGGCUUAUUCUCUUAGCACAGUUCCUCUAGAGGCUGUAUUUGUGUAUUUUGAAUGGCUUGGUAAUGGACUUCGGCCAGAUUCCUACACUUUUCUUUCACUUUUUUCCGCUUGUGCGAGUUUUGGCUGUGGGGCUUCUGGGCGUAAGUGCCAUGGACAGGCUUUCAAGAAUGGGGUUGACUCUGUGAUGGUUUUGGGAAAUAGUUUGAUUCAUAUGUAUGGCUGUUGUAAGCAUAUUGAGCUUGGUCGGAAGGUGUUCGACGAAAUGUCCACACAGGAUUUGGUAUCUUGGAACUCAAUUGUUACUGCUUAUGCAAGAGUUGGCGAUUUGUAUACUGCGCAUGACAUGUUCGAUGUAAUGCCUGAGAGAAAUGUUGUAUCUUGGAAUUUGAUGAUUAGUGAGUACUUGAGAGGUGGGAAUCCGGGCUGUGCAAUGAAGUUGUUUAGGAAUAUGGUGAAUGUGGGAAUCAGAGGGAACAAUACAACAAUGGUGAAUGUUCUUAGUGCUUGUAGUCGGUCGGCAAGGCUGAAUGAAGGAAGAUCGGUUCAUGGUUUUAUGUACCGUGCUUCGAUGAAGUUUUGCGUAUUUAUCAACACCGCUUUGGUUGACAUGUAUAGCAAAUGCCACAGAGUGUCGGUUGCACGUAGAGUUUUCGACAGGUUGAUGAUUCGAAAUUUGGUUACCUGGAAUGCAAUGAUUUUGGGGCAUUCUCUACAUGGGAAUCCUAAAGAUGGACUUGAGCUGUUUGAGGAAAUGGUUGGCGAAUUAAGAGAAAUAAAUGAGGAAACUGGCAAUGGCAAGAAAUUCAAGCAAGAUGAAGGUAAGCGAAAAGUUUUCCCAGACCAAAUUACAUUUAUUGGCGUUCUAUGUGCCUGUGCCCGAGCAGGACUGCUGAAAGACGCUGAGAAUUACUUCGACGAGAUGAUCAAUGUAUUUCUUGUGAGACCAAAUUUUGGCCACUACUGGUGUUUAGCCAAUGUUUACGUUGCAGUAGGGUUGAUAGAGCAGGCUGUGGAAAUACUAAGGAACAUGCCUGAGGAUAACGAGGACUUUUCAUCAGAAUCAGUUGUAUGGAUUGACUUGCUCACUACAUGUCGUUUUGUGGGGGAUGUCUCUUUGGGAGAACAGAUAGCAAAAUAUUUGAUUGACAUGGAACCUAAGAAUGACUCAUACUAUCGAUUGCUUUUGAAUAUUUAUGCUGUAGCUGGGAGAUGGGAGGAUGUUUCUAGAAUCAAACUAUUAAUGAAAGAAAAAAGACUUGGAACGAUGUCGGGUUGUAGACUAGUAGACCUGAAAGAGAUUGUUCACAGUUUAAAACUAGGAAAUCAUCUGCAAGAGAGGAUGAAGGAGACAAACACAGUGAUCCAUUAACUUGCUAGUGAAGUGAGUCUAUUGUCAAGCUUGCUGCAGGGUAUUCAUUCAAUCUUGUUGCUUAUUGAUCAGAACUCGGGGUUUGUUUCUGUAAUAAGAAAAAAAUGAUCGGAAAGCUAGACUCACAGACUAAAGCGAUCUCUGGAACAAGUCGAGACGGUAACAGAUUACUGCUACCCAAAAAAAUGAGCACAUGAUACUGGAGAGUUAUGCUUUUAACUUCAUAUGGUAGCUGAACAGCACAAAGAAAAGGUUUGUUUUCCCUGCUCUUCAGCUCAUGACGUUGUGCUAUGCGGCAAAUUUAUGUUCAAAGCUUUGUCUUCUCAGCCUAGCUGCAUAUGUAGUGAAAUUGGAACAAUUAUAGUUAUUGCAUUUAUUCUUCAUCUGAAUUCAUAGGCAAUUUUGUCGAGCAAUUGUUCUCGAUGUAUCUCAUUUUGAUCAUCAUGAAAUGAAGAGAACUAAAAUUCUCAAA